UGCUCUUCCCUUCCAUCCAUUUCACACGUCUCACCCAUUUGGGGCCACUAAACCCUAGUCGGCUUGUCUCUCCCCCCCGCCUCUCUCUCUCUCUCUCUCCAUGGCCUCCUCUUCUUCCACUCCCCUUCCUAAUGGACCACUAAAGAUAGCCAUCAUAGGCUUCGGCCCUUUCGCACAAUUUCUAGCGCAGACAUUCCUCAAGCAAGGCCACAUCCUGGCAGCCACCUCUCGGUCCGAUUACUCCCUCCUCUGCUCCCAAUUAGGCAUCACUUUUUACAGGGAUAUGGAUGACUUGAUGGAGGCAGGUAUCCAAGUGAUACUGCUGUGCACAUCCAUCCUAUCCUCGGGUGAUGUCAUCCGUUCGAUCCCCAUCGAUCGUCUCAGAAUGCCUCUGCUAUUCGUGGAUGUGCUAUCCGUGAAGGAAUACCCGAGAGAGCUCCUCCUACGUGUACUACCCGAAGAGGCUGAUGUGCUUUGCACCCACCCCAUGUUUGGCCCAGAGAGUGGAAAAGAAGGGUGGAAUGGGCUGCCUUUGGUUUACGAGAAAGUCCGCAUAAGGGACCAUGCUCUUUGUGACAACUAUUUGGGCGUUUUCCAAGCUGAGGGCUGCAGAAUGGUGGAAAUGUCCUGCCAAGAGCAUGACGAGAUGGCAGCCAAGAGCCAAUUCCUGGCUCACACAUUGGGCAGGAUAUUGGCAGAGAUGGGAAUCGAGUCCACACCAAUGGACACAAAAGGCUUCCAAACACUUCUUCAAUUGAGAGAUAACACCAUGAAGGAUAGCUUUGAUUUGUAUUGCGGGCUGUUCGCACGUAAUAAGUUUGCGAGACAAGAACUGGAGAAGCUGGAUCUUGCCUUCAAAUCUGUGAGAGAGAAGCUGCUGGAGAGAACAAAAGACUUGGAACUCGAUUAAUGAUCGGCUUGCAAUAUGCAUAGAGGUCAAGAUGGUGGUAUCUCCAUUAUCAUAUCUUUCUGUCAUUUUUUUCCUCAACAUCCAUGAUGAAUUUUUUUUUCUCUCUCUCUUCUGGUAUUAGCUACAAUCUUCUGUAGAGACUGGGAAUGUUGCACGUCGCACUAAGAUCAUAUUAGUAGUUUGAUGUCUUAAUGUAGCAUUGUAAUGCCAUUUGAAUUGAAAACCCUUGCAAAAAACUAUUGUGUUACUUGAAAGAUGAUAGCUUGGAAAAAGAUCAUCUAACUUGGUCGUUUCAAAAAGCUGAAAUAAGAUACCUGUAACUCUUUUCCAGUCAUUCUCAAAAAAAGACAAAUGUAAGUCCACAGUAAGGAUAACCCACAUGGAAUUUUUGUGGCUUUUUUUUUGUUAUUAUUUUUUGGAUUAAGGGCAACUUAGAACUAGAACAUGACCUCUGCUUUCUUUUAACAAUCAUCAGUGCAAAUCCAAUAAGGUAACAUGAAGUUGUAAAAAUAUCGGAUGCUGAUACUAUAUAUUUUCUGGAGAAGAAACAUUAUCACUAGUACUACUUUCAUCGAGCGUCAAACUUGAGCGGCAAUUAUGUAAAUUUUUGUCAAAAUAUUUUGUUAAAGACUCCUGUUUAGAUCUUUCUAAAAGUGAGUGUUGACAGGGAAAUUAAGAACAUGAAUCGUGUGGUCUCACAUCAGAAAAAGUAAAAUAGCAAUCUGUACCAUCAUCUUCUCUUUUAUUGUCAUAAAAUUAGGUCAUCCCUGAUUUGCUCAAAAUUUUCUGCCAUCCUUGAAGAAUAAGGACUCUCAAUUGUAUAUGAUUGUUGGAACAAUUUCAUUCUUAUUACAUCUAGGAAAGAUUGAACGAAAGCACUAUGAAAAUGUCCUUGUCCUUGUUUUUCAUUUUUGUACAAAUUUUAAGUUGCAUGAUGCAUCUCUGAUCAUAAUUUUUGCAGCAAAGACCUUGUUGAGGGAUUUAUUACUUGCAAAGGAGCACCUCUAAUAUGAUUAUUUUUCACUUUUGUUGAGCUCUAUUAAAGUAGAAAUGUCAAAAGCUCAAUAAGCCAUCUCCCUAACAUCCUGUGAGACUCUUCCUGGAUUGACUGGUUGCAAGUUUGCAACCAGGACAUAAAUUUUGAUUGUGAGGAAGAAAUCUGCUAAAUGUCUGGCAAGUCAUAUGAACGUAGAGUUUGAAACUUCUGGAGUUUCAGUGUAUGAAGUAGAGUACUAUAUGAAUCAACGAUUCCAUGUAAUUCUUUCAAAUCAAUGAAGUUGAGUCUUGAAUAUUUUCAAAUGCCUGUGUUCUUGACAUGGAAUCGGAGCAGUCCUUUCUGCCAUUCCAAACACUAUGUUUUGAGGAAGUGUAAGGAACGAAUGUAGAGGUGAGUUGCAUCUAAAAAGCUUAUCAGAAACGGAAUUUGUUUAUCUGAAGCACAGUGAUCUAGUAUGUAUAUUAGUGGCAGAGAUUUCGGUUAGAACAUCCAUUUUCAGUGUACAAAAUGUUUUCUAAUACAAGAGGACUUGGUGCUCAGAUUAACAAAUAGUCCUUACCCACUAUCUUCAGGUCAUGCAUAUAUUGUCACUGGCUUUUAGCAAAAUGUGGUCCUGUAAAUGGAAGGUAUCAAACAUUUUUAUUCAUGUUAAAUUCAUCUCUUAGGUUUAUAGGCCUCUUAACUCUUCGACAUAAAGAUAUAUAUCCAGUAAAAAUUUUUCAACGAUCAUCAUCGAACAAAAUCUUUCAAGUUGAAAGCUUGUUUUGACCUAACUGGAAAAUCUGGAUCUCUCAAUAUCUAUUGUAGAACUGACUCAAAUAGUUACUUAUAUAAAAAGAAAAGAAAAGAGUUUUGCUUGUAUUUCUAUGCAUAAUGUGUAUUGUAUCUUAUCAAGAUCCUCGUGAGUAUUGUACCAAAAGUUACUAAUGUUGUAUUGUUGUCGUUUUUGUAUUUUUGUUUCUCUACGAAUUAGAGAAUUUUGAUUAGUUACAAAUUAGUAAAAUGCCACUUGGAGAUGGAUAUAACAUUUGCACUACUUCUGCUGCUCCUCGCUUUUAUUUUUACAUUUUUAAAACAUAAGUAAUCUUCGCUACCAAAAGUUCUAAAGAUUUUAGAUAAUUUUUUAAAAAUAAAAAUUCAUCAUCUAUGUUUUCCAGUCUCGUAUAUUUUUUUCUUCUUGGGUUUUUAAAAUAAAAAUAGAAAAUAAAAGCAAUAUCUAACAGCCCCUUGACUUUCUUUGUUUUUCUCUCUCUCGAGUGGUGCCGCAUCUACAUUUUCUUUUCGUUAACAGAUGCAAGAGAAGGGGGGGAAAAAAUUAAAAAAACAAAAACAAAAACACGGGAAGGGGGAAUGAAAAGGAUAAGAAAGGCAAAGGCCUCGGGAUAGGAUGCAAAAAGAGAUACCACCCAAUAUUCGCCCCCACCUAAAAUAAAAAGGGCAGAGGAAAGCAUGGGAAUAUGAACAAAGGAAUAUAGCAGCAUGGCAGCCAGCAACACUUCUUCUAAAACCCCCAAACCGAAUGGGACCUAGGUUACAUACAUAUA